AGCUCCUACAGCGCAGUCACUCUGGUACGACUUCCUUAAACUGAAAGCGACUGUGAGCAUGCGCAGAGUCGUGCCACUGCAGCACCAUGAUUACGUCACCCGUACUAAAGCCAAGGCAAGCCCGGACAGACACCACCGGCUGGAGUCACACGACGCGCUCCACUUCAUCCCAGUCAAUGGACUGUUUAUCGGAAAUUGACAGACGGCAGAUUGAACGACAAAUAGGAAUACAUUUCGAAAACGUUUUUAUUUGAAGUAAAAAAAUAUAUCAAAAUAAAAAAGCUGGCCAUAGACAGAACGUGUUUUUUUUUUUAGUGAGCAGGAGUUUGGUUCACUGUUUGGUUCCCAUAGCCAUGACACUUGUGGACGACCUCGCAUCAGCAGCAGCGACCGGGAACACCGCAGGUGUGGAGGAUCUCCUCCGGAGAGGGGCCGAUGUUAACGGUGUGAAUAAGUACGGCAGGACGCCGUUGCAGGUGAUGAUGAUGGGCAGCACCCCGGUAGCCCGCCUGCUGCUCGCGCGAGGCUCGCGGCCAAACGUGGCGGACAGCCGCACCGGGACCACCCCGCUGCACGACGCCGCGCGCGAGGGCUUCCUGGACACGCUGAGGGUCCUGCUGGAGUUCAAGGCCGACCCCGGGGCCCGGGACCACUUUAACUCUCGACCCGUGGAUCUGGCGAGGCAGAGUGGACACGACGACGUUGUGGAGUUUCUCAAGCUCUUAGAAGAAGCAAACUGAAAAAAGCCUUGAAAGGAUUGUUGCACUUUCCACUGCGUUGCGGGCGUUUUGUUUUAACGGGCCCCCGUUUGAGGGGCCGGACUGGACCUGCGGCCUGAAUAAGGCCGUUUGGAUCAACGGUUUUCAAUGUCGUUUUAUUUAUUGUUUUCAUCUAUUGCUGAUUAUAGGACCACACCCCUUUCAAGUGUAAAUGUAGGUUUUGUAGUCCUAAAGGUUAUACGCAUAAAGGCUAUGCCGCAUUGCUGGGGCUUUAGUGGGAUACUUGUAAUUGCUUUUUAAUCGUUGAUAGGAUAUUUGUUAGACCUAUGCUGGACAGAGCCUAUGAUUCUCGUAUGAUAGGCUUAACCCUUAAUAAGUCCUAAUAGGCCUGCUGUAGGAUUCGGCUUAUGCACUUUAUUAACCUGUUUGUCUGCCGGUGGAGAGAGGGGAGGCCUCGGCUCCUGGCCCCAGAGGGCCCUCGCGGUCCUUGGUCCCUGAGGGAGAGGAAUGACGGCCUGUAGUCUGGGUCGCAAGGAGAUCAUGUUUGUUCCGAGCAAUAAUUAUAUGAUCGUCUUUUGUAGCGCUAAAGGCUACAAGUAAACACUGGGUUGGGUAAGCAAAUGAGAAUGAGCGUAGGCCUACUCAAAUUAACAUUGUUUAAAUAUAUUUGUAAAAUAUGGGGAGUACAAAUAUACAGCCUGUAAUAAAUAUAGGUUGGUUCUGUGGAUGACCAUAGGCCUGUUUUGGUUUGAUCAAAAUAGGGUUUCAUAUCGAAAUAUAGGCCCAUCGACCCUAGAAAAACGGUUGUAAUAUCCCCUUUCGUCUCAAUGAAUUGUUAAACAAAUACAUUGUACAAAAUAUAUUAUUUAGGCCAUAGGCAAAAGUUAUUUAUUAAAAAUCUAUAUUUGGUGACCAGGA